CAGGAAAAUCACUAAUUGAAAUAAAAAUAUCCCUAAAUUAUUGUGGUUAUUAGAGAAACCAAUGAAAUAAUUUCUCCUGGAAAGUCUUGUUGCUUUAUACUUUACUCUAUACAAACAACAUCAGUUUGUUUUUGUUAGUAAAACUGCAUAUGUUUUUAUAGUUGUAAUAAUCUUGAUUUUAUAGUUCAUUUCAAAGAUUAUAUAAAAUUGAAAACUAUCUAUUAGUUCUUGUCAAGUUACUCUCAAUGAAAAUAUUUGAAUUGUCUGAAUUAAACACAACUCCCAUCUGAGUACAGUUAAAAAAAUAAAUAAAACUCAUUAUUGCCACUUAUAUUUUAGUGCAAAUGAAAAAAAAGUUAUGACAAAUAAAAAAAGCUAUUACAAACAAAUAAAAUAUAUUUAAAAAAGUAAAACUGUACCAAAAAUAUACAAAUAUAAAACUAAUAAACAUGCCAGGCUCUGCUGAAGCAGCAUUAUUUGAUCUGGAGCUUUUUAUUUUACAGACUGGAUGCUAAAGCUGACCUCUGACCUUUAGGAUUAUAGGUGGGUGAGCGGCCUUGAGACAAGUCAUCAAAUCUUUAAAAAUCAAAGACUACGUGAUUAUAGGCUGUGAGUGAACAAGAUGAAAAUAAAAUAAAAAAGAUUUUUGAUUUUAGGUCAGAUGAUAGAUCUGGAUAACUUCAUCUGCUGGUGUGGUUGGACUGGAUCAUUAGGGUGGAGUUUGGACCAACGACUGAAGGUGUUUCUGGACAUUCUUCCACAGAGCAGAAUGGACUGUCAGGGUUUGAUAAACACCAGCGAGAGUUUCUGUCAGUGUGACCCAUACUCCUCUAGAGACUCUGUGACUUUGUCACAGGAAGUCACGAAGACAAAAGUCACGGAUCGACUCUCACGGUCACGUGACCCGCCCUCAGAUACCUGUCAGCCUCCACCUGACUUCAAAGUCCACAGGGACAGCUGCCAUUUCCGAUUUCUCGGGAAGGCAGCGUCACAGGACUCCGGUGCGGUUCCGAAUCCAGUUCAAGUUGAUGAACAGCAGACGGCGUGAGGACGGCGAUGUUUGAAAAUGUCCCUACAGUGUCCUCAGUGGAGCGCCAGCAGGUUCUGGGAGCUCUGGAGCGUCUCCGGGCCAAGCUGGUCCAAAGGGAGGAGUGGACCCACAGUGACAGGCUGGCCAACCUGCAGGUGGCGCUACAGAGUCCGCUCUUCAGCCACAUCCUGACCCUGCAGCACUCCAUCAAGCAGCUGCGAGACCAGCUGAGUGACAUGCCUCCUGAUGCCGACUUCGCCUUCUCCAAAAAGGGGCAACUCCUCCUAAGCGCCUUUGAUCCCACCACUACUUCAGCCCCUCCCACCUUCUCAGACCCCUCCUCCGUUCUGACCAAUGGCUCGCAUCCGUCCAUCCAUCAGACUCCACCCCCUCCCGACCAUCUGCAGAAGUGGAUCCUUGCUGCAGCCAAGGGGCGGGACACCCAGGUGAUCACCCUGAUCCGGCCCCCUUCCACCAGUCUGGGCUUCAGCGUGGUCGGCCCCACUUCUGCAGGCGGUGCCACUCAAGGCUUCUUCGUGAAACACAUCCACCCAGGAGGGAUCGCACAUAGGGACGGGCGUCUCCGGGAGCUGGACCAGAUCCUGGCGAUAAAUGGCAGUCCUCUGGAGGCGGUGCUCAACCACAAAGAAGCCCUCAGCCUCCUGCAGCAGCCUGGCGAGAGGGUGGAGCUUGUUGUGGCCAGGAACCGCCCUCCUGAGACAAAGGCCACUCCCCCUGCACUUGGCAGCACGCCUCAGUGGGGUCACGUGGAGGAAAUCGAACUCUUCAACGACGGGUCAGGACUGGGAUUUGGAAUCGUUGGUGGGAAAACGAGCGGCAUGGUGGUCAGGACCAUCAUUCCGGACAGCGUAGCCGACAAGGAUGGACGCCUCCGCACAGGCGACCACAUCCUCCGCAUUGGGGCCACGCCCACCAGCGGCCUCACCAGCGACCAGGUGGUGCAGGUGCUGCAGGCCUGUGGCAGCCGAGUGACCAUGCUGAUCGCCAGGGACCCCCAGGCUCAGAAGUCAGUGGCCCCGCCUCCUCCAGCACCUCCUGACUCCGCCCCCAUCACCGGCCCACCUCAACUGCCGGAAGCUCCACCCCAACAUCGAGCCAGCAAGAUGCCAAACCUGGAAGGAUACGAGAUCCAUGAAGUUUCUCUGACCAAGAAGGACGGCCAGAGUCUGGGCAUCUCCAUCAUCGGCUACAACCCUCUGACCAGCUCAGAUGCUGUGGGGGUGUACGUGAAGGAGGUGGUUCCCGGCAGUCCUGCAGAUCUGAGCGGGAACGUCCGAGUCCAGGACCGCCUUCUAGCCAUGGACGGCGUGAGUCUGCACGGUCUGACCAACCAGGAGGUUCUGAAGGUGAUGAAGCAGACGGGUCGCACCGUGCAUCUCACGCUGGUCAGAAAGAAAGCCCGAGCUCCAGAGAGGUCGCUGGAUAAAGUGCAGAGGGAGUCUUCUCGGGCGUCCUCCAGGAGGUCUCUGCAGAAGACGGCGCGCUCCUCAGAGUCUGGAUCCAUGACCAGGAAGCAGGGAGCGUACCUGAACGCAGCACGGCUGGACGAGGCUACAGAAGCAGAACUUCGGGCCAAAUGGGAGCAGGCUUUGGGUCCAAACUAUCAAGUCCUGGUGGUGGAGAUGGAUCCGGUCAUAGAUGAUGCAGAGCUGCAGAAGUCCUCAAAGCUGCUGCCGGUCCACACUCUGCGUCUCGGUGUAGAGCUGGACUCGUUUGACGGUCACCACUACAUCUCCUCUGUGGCUCCUGGAGGUCCCGUGGACCGACUCGGAGUCCUGAGACCAGAGGAUGAGCUGCUGGAGGUGAAUAACGUUCAGCUGUACGGGAAGACCCGCCGUGAGGUGGUGUCCUUCCUCAAAGAAGUGCCUCCUCCCUUCACCCUGGUCUGCUGCCGACACCCCAACUCUGAUCUGGAGCCCGAAUCCGAGCUAGAGUCAGAGUCUGAGCCAGAACCAGAACCAAUGAUGCCAGCAGAGCGAGCACCAACAAAACCAUCAGAGAGCAGCCUGGAAGAGAUGGAGAUGAAACUGUCCUCCAUGUUUCUGGAACACCUGCAGCCGGACCCCAGACAGGAGCGAGCGUUGCCUGUUGAGAAUUUCUUGAAGGAGGAGGUGACUCCCCAUCACGGUGAAGAGGAUGAAGAUGAGGAGAAGGAUGAGGAAGAAGAGGAGGAGGAGCUGGCUCUGUGGUCUUCAGACGUGCAGACGUUGGAGCUGCAGAAGCAGAGAGACAAAGGCCUCGGCUUCAGCAUUCUUGACUACCAGGACCCGCUGGAUCCCGGUCGCUGUGUGAUGGUGAUUCGUUCUCUGGUUCCCGGAGGCUCAGCAGAGAGCCACGGCGGUCUUCUUCCUGGAGAUCAGCUGGUGUCAGUCAACAGCACUCCCUUGGACGCUCUCACUCUGGCCCAGGCCGUUGACGUCCUGAAGGCUGCUCCGCCUGGUCCGGUCCGCCUGGGAAUCCGCAAGCCACUCGUGGAAGCUCCAGGAGUGAGAAGAGAAGAGUCCUCCCAAGGAAACACUCCAGCUGUGGAAAAGGCUUUUGAGGAAAACCUCGUCAUCCCAGAGGAGGAGCUGGAGGAACCAGAGCUGAUCCUAGAUGGAGGUCUCCCUCGCUACACCACCCCUUUGCUCUCUGAUCUCCUGGCUGGAGAGGAGCUCAAGGAGAUGGCUGUGGAUGAAGAGGAAGAAGAGGAGGUGGAUCAGAUGGAGAAUACAGCUGAGGAGAAGUCGGUCCUCAGAAGAUCUCCUCCAUCCUGGCAAGAAUGGAAGCUCUCCUCCAGCGAAGACGCCAAAGGAGCAAAGGAGAUGUGGAGAAAAGAGGAGCAAGAGGAGGAAGAGGAGGAAGAGGAGGAGGACAGGCUGGCGAGGUCGGACAACGAGAGCGUUGGAUCUUUGGGAAAAUUUAUAUUGGGUCUGUCCGAGUCCAGAGACAGCGAGGCCGACACCGAGCUCACGCUGACCGACACCGACACCGAGUCUGUCAGGAAGAUGGACACAGCAAGGAGGAAGAGGCGGAGCCAAAGGGAAUCCCUUCAGCCAAUGAGAGGAGGUCGCAGCGUCCUGCCUGAGAGGGAGGCUGGGGAGGGAGAGGAAACACCCCCCUACAGCCACUGGGGACCCCCCCGCAGGGUGGAGGUGUGGCCAGAGGAGGGCGAGUCUCUGGGGCUGAGCAUCGUCGGGGGGCGACACGUCAUAAAGCGGCUGAAGAACGGAGAGGAGCUGAAGGGAAUCUUCAUCAAGCAGGUUAUUCCAGGCAGUCCUGCUGCUCAGACCCAGAGCCUCAAGACCGGGGACAAGAUCCUGGAGGUGUCGGGCAUUGACCUGCGAGCCGCAAGUCACGAGGAGGCGGUCAGCGCCAUCAAGUCAGCUCCGAGUCCCAUUGUCUUCAUCGUCCAAAGCCUGUCGUCAGUUCCCCGGCCGGCGUCCAUUACGCCAUCAAACUACAAGCAGAAAUCCAAAAGGACAGAGUCUUUGCCUCUGCAGAACCCAGAAGCAGACCUGCCCCCCCUCAGGCAGCCCCCACCCUACAGACCUCCAAGCCAACUGUCAGAACUUAGCCAGUCCUCAGAGCUGGGCCGGGCUAAAGAGCGAUGGUGUGAGCGCUAUGGAGACCUGCAGGGGGAGCUGCUCUGCGUGGAGCUGGACAAGGAUCGGCAUGGCUUGGGUCUCAGCCUGGCGGGAAACCGAGAUCGCUCCUGCCUUAGCAUAUUUGUGGUGGGGCUUCAUCCUGGGGGGCCGGCAGCCCGUGACGGACGCAUUCGGGUCGGAGACGAGCUCCUGGAGAUCAAUGACCACAUUCUUUAUGGGCGGAGUCACCUGAACGCCUCGGCUAUCAUCAAGAGCGCUACGUCCAAAGUGAAACUCAUCCUUCUCAGGAAUGAAGACGCCAUAAACCAGAUGGCUGUAGCCCCAUUCCCGACUCCACCUCCUCCCCCCCUCAUCCCCUCUGAGGGAUCAGACACAGUUAUGAGCAACAGCAAAGGGAAGAGUGCCUCCGCCCCAUCCGAUGGACCCCGCCCACCUGGAAGUCUGAGGCUCCACCCCUUGUCCGACACUCCGGACGAGGUGAUGAGCGACGAAGCUGAACAAUGCGAAAAGAGCCGCAGCAGCGCCCCCAAGAGUCUGACAGAGGCCUGUAGCUCCACAAAGAGGCUGAAAGCUGCAGAAGCUCCAGAAAAUCAGCUGCAGGCUCCAAGGGCCUCAACGGUGCUUCAGUCCUUCAAGUCGAACAGCAGCUCCAGAGUUUCCUCUCCUCCUCUGAUCAGCCCCGACGUGCACACCUCUCACCCUGACCCGUCCUGCUGCGCCGUAGUUCCCGGUCAGGAAACGCUUCUGGAGAUCUGUAAGGGCCGAUCAGGAUUAGGACUGAGCAUCGUGGGAGGCAGAGACACACAGCUGGAUGCCAUCGUGAUCCACGAGGUUUAUGAAGAAGGAGCAGCAGCCAAAGACGGGCGCCUGUGGGCCGGAGAUCAGAUCCUGGAGGUGAACGGUGUGGACCUCCGCGGGGCGUCCCACGAGGAGGCAAUCGCCGCCCUCCGUCAGACGCCAGCAAAGGUUCGGCUGACUGUACUCCGGGACGAGGCCCAGUACAGAGACGAGGAGAACCUGGAUGUGUUUAAAGUGGAGCUGCAGAAGAGGAGCGGCAGAGGGCUGGGGCUCAGCAUCGUCGGGAAAAGAAGCGGCAGUGGCGUGUUCAUAUCUGAAGUGGUCAAAGGGAGCGCCGCUGAGCUAGAUGGUCGACUGAUGCAGGGAGACCAGAUUCUGUCAGUCAAUGGAGAGGACACGAGACACGCCUCCCAGGAGGCGGCAGCUGCCAUUUUGAAGUGCGCUCGAGGUCCCAUCUUAUUGGAGCUGGGUCGACUCAAAGCAGCAUCGUGGAUUUCAUCCAGGAGCAGCUCACAGGGGAGCCAGGUGAGUCACGUCAGCAGGAGCAGUCCAGGUGUGGUGGCUCCACCCCUCUCUCAAAAUCCAAUAUCAUGUGACCCUCCAACUUCCACCCAAACCUUAAACAACAACACCACCAAACACAGCAGUGAUGUCACUUCCUGUCCAGGGGGGGGCGCAGGUGUGCGGACCGUGGAGUUCAGCAGGGGCAGCACCGACUCUCUUGGCGUAAGUGUGGCUGGGGGAAAAGGCAGUCCUUUAGGGGACAUUCCCAUCUUCAUUGCUAUGAUUCAAGCCAGUGGACUUGCAGCAAAGACACAACAGCUGAAGGUGGGUGACAGGAUUGUCAGUAUUAACGGUCAGUCAGUAGACGGUCUGUCUCACAGUGAGGUGGUGACCAUCCUCAAGAACAGCUACGGAAACAUUAGUCUGCAGGUGGUGGCCGACACAAACAUCGGCAUCAUCGCCUCUCAAGUGGAGAGUUUAACUAGCAGCUCCGGUCUAUCUGCCAACACGGACACACACCACGCAGCUGAGUCUGAGGGUCCACGGCCCAACACCAUCACCCUGGAGAAAGGCUCUGAUGGUCUGGGCUUCAGCAUCGUUGGAGGCUUCGGCAGUCCCCAUGGAGACCUGCCCAUCUACGUGAAAACUGUUUUCAGCAAGGGGGCAGCAGCCGUGGAUGGGCGUCUGAAGCGCGGCGAUCAGAUCCUGUCGGUGAACGGUGAGAGCCUCCAGGGUGCGACACAUGAGCAGGCGGUGACCAUCCUCAAGAAGCAGAGAGGAACCGUCACGUUGGAGAUCCUGUCAUAACGUGACCUGAAUGCACACACAAACACCUGCACUCUCAGACUGCAUGUGAAGUCUUCUCUCCUCUGUGUUUUCCCGCUCAAACGAACUGGAGGGCAGAACCAGCAUUCACUGAUGUCAGAGCCUCUUAGUCUCUUCCAGAACAUUUUGAAUUUCCCCAAGUUACAGUUGCUUUUCCUUUCAGUGUGUAUUGACAACUUCAAAUCAAAUCACUUCGUUUUGGGGGUUUUUCUGUGGCCCGUCCCAUGAAAGAUCCCAACCACAACCUAUCCAUGCAGCUCCACGGUCCACUUCUGAGGUGUUCUUUAAAGAACCACAAGCACUCGGACCAGAACUGAACUAGCUCAGUGGUUCCUUCUGGGAAUCCAGCUAAUAGGUCCACAACCUCCAAACAUACCAAAAUCAGACUUCGUCUUUAUUUGUGCCAUGCUAAUCAUAAAUGAUACAAUACCAACCUAGAGAAGGAUGAAUUCCUCACAGCAGAUCAGCUUCUAAUGAUCUCUCCAAGCGUUUCGUCUGAAACCCUUCAUUCGUUUCUGUUGCUCUGAUCCACUUGAUGGUAAAGCUGUUGUCUGCAGUUGUUUGACGCAUUUGUUACGGCAGAAGCAUAAAUAAGUCGUCACGACCUUUAAUCUGUUAGCAUGUCUGCAUUUAUACAAUGGUCAAAAUGGUCAAUAUUAACACUGAUUUGUUUGUUUUAAGUAAAUGCCAAAAUGUUACAAUACUCAAUUCAAAUCAGGUUGACGUUUGGAGUUUUUUUCAUUGGUUCUCCUAUGUUGCCUUUUUGGACAGAAAACAUCUUCAGACUUGAUUAGAAGCAAAAUAAAUGUACUUAAACUAAAGCUCUGCCUCUGGGCGCAGAGUUUAAAAUGUGCCAUCAUGCCGAAGUCGAACUGUGAAAUUUCAUUCAUAAAAGAUGGAAAACUUUACCUUCUGAAAUUUGACUUUGGACUAAAAUAAUUUUGUCACCGUCUGAAGAUAUUUCUUUCUUGUUCAGCACACUUAUUGUCGCAUAAAUCUAGUUAUUGAGGGUGGAACCGUGACAUUCUGCUCUGUGCUGGGAGAUCUGAGUCAGAACGUCAGAGGGACUCUAGUCUAAUCCAUCAGUUUAGCUCUAAUGUCGUUCAUCUAUAUGAAAUAAAAACAUGCCUUUUUGUGAAAAAAUAUACAAAAAAGAUGAUUGUUUAUGGAGCUUCAUGACCUUCUAGUUCCAUCAGCAUCAGCUAGUUUCCCUGACGUUCAUCAGAGGAACAUCAGGGGCUUAUUUUCUUUGUCAAACUGCUUUAAAGUUAGUUUCCAUGGAAAGCAUCUGAGACUUAAACUGCUGGGAUGUAAAGAAACUAUCCUGAAGAGGCUAGUUCUUCUGGAAGCUAUGCAGAACGUAUCCACGAUGAUCUUAAAAGUUGCAGUUUAAUCUCAGAUGCAGCAUUAAAGGUUUUCAUCUCCCACUGAUUUAUGGGUCAUGGAGCUUUUUUAACGUUUGGAGAUGAAUCUCAGGACCUGGUGGGCAUGAACACCCAACCUCGCCCCCAACAACAGACACGGUGUCUUCCAUAAUAGUUGUCAUAGAGAGAGAAAUAAAAUUAUUUUGUAUAAUAAAUGUUUUGUAGAUGCAAAGAGGUCACAGUCUAAUGUUAAUAUAGAGAUGUGUGCACAUGUUAAAAUAAAUAUGAAACUAUUUCACAGUUUCUGUCAUGUUUCAUCCAUUCUGAUUGUCUUGAAAUGGGAUGGAAGGAUUGAAAAUUAGCAUCCAUUAAGGACGUACCAGGUUUCCCUAACAGAGGUCUGGUGCAAAACUAGAUCCAAAGAAACAAAUUGAACCUUUUCAGUAAGUAAUUUUGUUUAGUUUUCCCCAGAAUUCAAAAUUGGCUUUAAUUUUGAAAUGAAUGUACCUGAAAUGUGUCAAUUUCAGCUCCACAGCAUUUCUAAAACCUUUAAAAAUAUAUAUAUAUAUAUAUUUUAGACAAAUUACAAGUUAUCAACUUCUUUGAAAAGUUUCCAAAAUUAUUUUUAAAAAAAAUAAAUGUUCUUAGCUGCUGAUUGAAAAGUUUAAAUACCCCAUUACUAUGAGGAAAAAUACAGUAAAACCACCAAUAAAGUUUUUUCAAAGUAGCUGUGUUAGCUUUGUUAUCAAAUGAAAGCUAGCUAAUGUUAGCUUUAUUAUCUGUGGUCCUUAAACCAACAUAGCCAGACAGCAGUUAUUCUGUGUUACAGUAUUUUUGUUAUUUCAGACAUUUGCUGAUUUAUUGCUCACAAAAAUGUGUCAAAGUUUUCUUUUCUCUCUUGUAAUCUUCUUUUAUUUUGUUAGCUGAAUAGCUAACUAGCUAACCAUUAGGCCCACAGAUCAUCCAGCAAUUGUCACGUUCUUUUAAACAUGUGCUGCUCUAUAAAUUAAAGCUAAUUUAGAGAAUUUCUGUUGUAAUUUUAACAGCUUGAAUUAAAUAACGUGUUAGCAAGUAAAUGUACAUCAACUGGUAGCAGUUUAAAUGGUAAAAUAUGCUACCUACAAUCAUGCUGAUACGUUAUGUUGACAUAAUUAUUGUCCAAACUUAUCUUAUUUUUGUAGAUAAACUAUAAUUUAUUUUUUUAACUUCACUUGGAAUUAACACACUAGAGAAAUAUGUUUCAAUUCCUAAUGAAAGCUUAGAAGCCUUGUGUCGUAUUACUGUAGCAAUGUGACUUCAUUAAAGUCUCAUGUCAUGACUUGGUUUUAUUUACUUGUCAUAUUAUGUCAUUAAUGUAUUUUGUUAUGAUUUUUUUAAUUCAAGCUUUGUUUAGGUCAGUCAUUAAAUAAAAAUAAAUAAAUGAAGUAUCUUUGAAUUGUU